AUGUGGUUCAACAAAAUCGGCAACAGAGAAAUGUACAUGAACUGUGCUGUUGUGGACCUAGUCAACUCCGCCUCCACCUCUUCCUCUCGCCAACGUAAUUCCGCCUCUUCGACUAAAUCUUCCUCCAGCGCGGCUGUAGCGCAGGCCGCCCUGUCCCGGUAUCCGGACUUGUACGUUGCGAACCUGAAGAGUGUGAACGACUGCGCGACGAAAGAGACGGUGGAUGUCAUGUUUGACAAACCAGGCGCUGAUGUCCUAUAUGGUGAUGGGCUUAGUGCGAGUUCUUCGAGGAUUAAGCGGAGGAACGGGGCUUGUACUGGUGUGGGGAGGACGACUGCGGCGUCGAGUGGUUCGGACUCGAGUAAUUCUGGGUUGUCUGCUGAUAGUUCGGCGUCGAGCAAUGCCGGGUCUUCUUCGAACUCCGGCGACUCUGGGUCUUCUUCAUCUUCCGGCGGGUCUACUGGUGGCGAUGAUGGGAUGUGGCAUCCGGAAAAAUAUGGCGGUUUGUCAUCCUCUGAUAACUCUGAAUCUUCAUCCUCAGGCAAUGCUGGCAACUCUGGCUCUUCUUCAUCCUCAGACAACUCUGGCUCCUCACCAUCUUCGGGCAACUCUGGAUCUACAGCUUCGUCAAGUGGCUCCAUGGGUGGCGACGAUGGAUUGUGGCAUCCAGAGAAGUACGGCGGUUCGUCAUCGUCUGGCAACUCUGAAUCUUCGUCCUCGAGCAAUUCCGGGUCUUCAUCGUCUAGCGGCUCGACAGGAGGUGACAACGGACAGUGGCAUCCCGACGCCGGCUCCUCACAGUCAUCGAGCAGCUCUUCAGAUGGUGGCGAUGGGCAAUCGCAUCCCAUGGCUAUCAGCUCAGGCUCUUCCUCGUCCUCCUCCAAUCAGGCGCCGAAAACAGAAGUCGAGAAGGAGCUCGCCGCGUAUCUCAAGAGCCUUAACGAUGCCCCCUUCUCCAGCGUUUCGCCUGGCGAAAGAGAAGACAUACCCAAUCCAAACGAGACCAAGCUAUCUCCUCAAAUCGAUGACACGGAACGCAGUAGAGCCGGCCAAUUCUUCCAGUACAGUCCCGAUCAGGGCUCUGAUCCCAAGUUUAGGACGCAACAAAUCUAUUCUCGCGAGCCGCCAGAUGACGAAGAGCCUACUGGGGCUCCGGACGUACCUGAUUACGACUUCAUCAACCACCAAGCUGAACACUCCUCGGAGGACGACUCAGACUCAGACUCAGAUGAUGAGGGGCCCUCGUCGGAUCACUCGAAGAAUCCUGCGUUCGAUGUUGAGGAAAGUUCGAGCGAUGCUGCCAACAGGGCUAGCUUUUCAGAUGAUGAUGAGGAGCUGCCUGGUUACCUGAAGGAUAUUAUCGGCAACCUUAGUGAUGACGAUGACGAUUAUGAGGAUGAUAGCUUUGGCGAUAUCUAUGAUCGUCAGAAGGAGGCCAAGAAGAAGAAGAAGAAGCAGAAGAAACACAGCUCAUCGAGGUCAAUGAAGGCGAAGCAUAGCAAAACUUCAUCGUCAAAUGCAGAAUCAGCACCUACGGAGGUGCCGGAGAGCGAGGCCUUCACAUCGAAAGAUGCUACCACGCCAACGGCCGACUUCAAGCCGCUUGCUGCAGAGGAUUCUGCUGCUGCACCUACGGCUGAACCUGGGCCGCAAAGCAAGGCUGAUGCCGUUAUUGCAGCUCCUAUCAACGGAACAUUGUCGGCCUUCUCGUUCCCAGAUCUUACAGCAUCUCCUACGGAGAUUCCUACAGGACUUCCUGCAGAGCUUUCUUUUCUUUUUGCCCCUGCGGACUCUACCAUCUCCUCUUUGGAAUCGUCUAGUGCUCCCCCAGACACUAUCAUUCCACUUGCUGAGCCGUCUGUAGGUGUACCAUCCACUCCUGCAGAAUCAUCACACAGCCCAGCUAUUUCCGACGUCGCAGCUCCCGGAGGAGACUGCACCCCUGGAUCUUUCCUGUGCAAUGGUGAUAAGCAAUUUUGGGUCUGCGGCCAAUUUGGCGGGGCUAAGUGGGCCUAUGGCGCGCUACGCGACGUCUCUCAAGGUAUGACUUGUAAGGAAGGUAAGAUCGGUCGUCGUGUUCUCAACAAGAGAGGUUUCGGAUGGUACAUCGGGCAAGAUGAUGGGGGCUGGGGCUCAGACGAUGAUGAAAGCCCUCUUGAUCCCAUCAUCGACGCGAUAGACACCCUCAUCAGCACCGUCCCGAAGCUGGCUACGGGCAGCAAGAAAGACAAAGAUAGCUCUGACCAAAAGAAAAGUGAUGAUUGGUAUCAGCCAUACAACUUGGUUAAGCGAAAGCUCGGAUGGUGGAUCUCCAGCAGCAAUCCAAGCAAUGACGUCCCCGCCAACCCACUCGUCACCAUCACCGAUAAGCUGAAGAAGCUCGAUACCACACUCGACUGGACCAUCAGUGACCUGUCGACUUCAAAGGAGAAGGCCAAAUCUCAAAAGCGUAGCUCGGGCUGGUGGCUUUCCUUCGGCGGCGGCGACUCCAACGAUAAAGGCCAUUCUUCCUCCGACAAGAACGACACUGAUCGGGAUCCUCUAGAUGACAUCCUCUGGAAGACCGACGACCUUGAAGAAAAGUUCGAUAAGCUUAAGAGCCUGUGCGGAGACGACAGCAAGUGGAAGCGUGGUUGGGGUUUCUUCGGCCAGUAUGGCAAAGAUGAUAUGAAUAAGGCAGUUGUGAAAGGCCAGCUUGGUGACCCCUUCGAACCUAUCCUCAGCAAGUUGAAAGGCUACAUUCGCCUUGUGAGGAACCUGCUUCCGAAGGAUAAGGGACACGUCCGGCCGUAUGGAGGAGGGUAUCAACAGCAGCGGCCGAAGUUUCCGUGGGAUAAGCAGGGAAGUAAUGGCUGGUAUGCUAAGCGACAAAUUGAUGCAGGGGAGGCUGGCGAUGGUGUUUCAGAUCCUGGAGACUUUGGUGACUUCCUUGGAGACGGUGUGUUUUCAGAUCCUGUCUCCGAUGGGGAUGUGGAAGAGGAAGAGGAUGAUGAUGAGGGCCCUUCCCGUCAACCUUCGGAUGGACCUUCGGAUGGAUCUGGUCGCCCAUCCAGGCCCGAAAGGCCAAACCGGCCCGGCAACGACGUUGCUACCAUUCCUGAUGAUUUCCCCGAAGAUGAUGAUGAGCCGCUGGGGCGAGACGGAGAGCAGCAUGUCCCCAACCCGGCUAGCUCCAAGGGCUCCAAGGCUGGAAAUCACACUGCAGGUAAGUCGUCCCCUCCCCAGAACAUGGGUAACGGCGCUCCUUUGGGAACAAAAGAUGAUAUGGGCGCAGUGUUUACGCCCCAUGAGGUCGCGCUUGUUCCUGGUCGCGAUGGUGUUAACGCUGAUAAAGGAGUUGCUUUCGAUCCUGUUCAUGACGACGGUGAGGAUGAGGAUGCGGCAGAUAGCGACGAUCCGAUCGGUACUUCUCAACUCGACAUCGAUCAGCCUCAGCCCGAUGGUCCCUCAGCCACUAUUCCCGACGACGAUGACUCUGAAGCCGAAGUUCCUAACGCCUUUGAUCCGGAUAUUGCUAAUGUUCCCAACCCCUUCGCUGCCGGCGGUGACUUCGCGCGCCCUGGAGACGCUCCAGACGACCCUCCCUCUGAUGACUUCUCCACACUUGCUGACGACAACGAUGAAGACGACGCCAACACUUCAGACUUUUCCACUCCGCCAGACGACGACGAAGAUGACACUGCGGAGGACACACGCGAUGUCUUCGCCAACUUGCCUCCAAAAGAGCGAGGUCUUCGCAAACGCCAGGAUUACGGUGACGAUGUGCAAGUCCCGGGAUUCUCCUACAGUGAUGGCGGCGAUGGAGGUAACGGCAUCGACGGCGUUGAAGACGCUGUUAAGGCGCUAUUUGGGAAAGAGGAUGACCAGAACACAACGGGGCUCGAGGAUUCAAGCGCAGGUGAAGAGGACACCGAGAGUGGAACAAGUUCCGCUACGAAACAGCAGAAACCUUCUGCUGACGAUGCUCCCAAGGACGCUUCCAAGGACGCCUCGAAAGAUACAUCCGAUGACGCCUCGAAAGAUACCUCCGAUGACGCCUCCAAAGAUACAUCCGAUGACGCCUCCAAAGAUACAUCCGAUGACACUGAAGACGCAGGGGACGAAAAAGAGGACGCCGACACCGGCGAUGACGAUGCUGCCGAAGAGGAAGACGACGACGCUGACGAAGAGGAAGAGGAUGAAGACACCUCGAAGAAUUCGACUGAACGUAGAUUCAGGCGCCAGGAUGCUGCCCCAGUCACCCUUCCUGGUGGCUUUAAUUUCAGCGAUGGCUCCAAUGGCGGUGAUGGUGUCGAUGAUGACCCUACAGCUCUGUUUGGAAACGAGCCUUCGGAUUAUGACAAAGAAUGGGGGGUUUCCGAAGAAGCUAAGAACCAGUCCCAGCCAUCAAUCGCUCCAAUGACCAAGCGAGACGAUCCUGUGCCGGAUGGCUUUGCCUUCAGCGAUGGGUCUAAUGGCGGUGAUGGUGUCGACGAUGACCCUACUGCUCUAUUCGGCAACGAGCCAUCGGAUUACGAGCGACUCUGGGGCGUCUCUAACGACGCCAAGAAUCAGCCACAGCUGUCAACUGCUCCUAUGACGAAGCGAGACGACCCAAUACUUGAUCCCAACACUUCGGCACGUGCCGGCUUCACCUUCAGUGAUGACUCCAAGGGCGGUGACGGUGUCGACGAGGACCCUACUAUACUCUUCGGCAACGAGCCAUCCGACUACGAAUCCAAAUGGGGCGUGUCUGACCAAGUCAAGAACCAGGCUCAGGAGGAACACCCUCAACCACCGCGAGAGCUAUCCUCGACUCAAAACCCUCCUCUGCCCCUGCCAGCGUCAAUCAAGGGAUUGAAGAUCUUCUCUCCGGGACAUGUCAAGCCAAUUGCGCCUCAUAACCGUCUGGAGGUUGGUAGCCCCGAGCGAUAUGAUUGGGGAGACAGGCGAAAGCGACAAGCUGCCGCUCCGGUUCCGGCUACUGCUCUCCAGCCUGAAGGUCAAGCUCAGGCUACUCAAAUCGCAGCUCCUCAGAAUAUCAUCCCUGACGACCCAAACACCCAAGCACCAGCCGGCUUCACCUUUAGUGACGGAAGCAAAGGCGGCGACGGUGUCGAUGAUGACGUUACCGGUCUUUUUGGGGACGAGCCAUCUGAUUACGAACAGAAAUGGGGUGUUGAUGAGAAAGCUAUAGAGGUCAAGACGAACCAAACAGCUACUCAGCUUGAAGAUGAUGCUGGUACGACCUCUGAAGGGGCAUCUGUCCAGCCACCAACUCCGCAAGCCCCGGCGGCUCAGCAGGCUCCUCCACAGAAGCAGUCCUCUACCGUUGAAGCUGGAGCGCAAAGACAGCAGAUUCCGGCCCUACCUGCACUUGGCAAAGCUAAAGCUCAAGGCGUCCGUCUUCUUCCGGUUGCUGUUUCCGAUCUUGUUCCUUCUCCAUCUGCUGUGCUCCCAGGCAUCAACAGCGUAAUCAAAGCCACUCCUCUAGGCUUCCCUAACGACAACGCGCCACCUACACCGACCGGAUUUGCUCUAUCCGAGCCUGAUAGUGUUGCUCCUAGACCUGUGGGUAAGCUCAAGGCUACGUCGGCUGACAGCCAUGAUUUCCCAGAUGCACCAGUUGAUGAUUUUGAUGAGCCAUCUUCGUCUGCUGUAUCUCCAGGAAUCGACGGCAUAAACGAAGCCACUCCUCCGGACUUCCCUAACGACAACGUGCCACCUACACCGACUGGAUUCGCUCUAUCCAAGCCUGAUAGUGUUGCUCCUAGACCUGUGGGUAAGCUCAAGACUACGUCGGCUGACAGUCAUGAUUUCCCAGAUGCACCAGUUGAUGAUUUCGAUGAGCCUUCUCCAGUGGUCGGUGCUAUUGGCGAGCCCCAAGCGAGUCUCCCGCCGUUGAAGAAGGCAAAGGGCAAGCCGGGUCCCCCACAACCGGAAGAAGAUGCAAGCACAGCAAGCAGCGUAUCCGUUGAGACACUUGACGAGCCCCAACCCAGCUUCUCACUGUCUGUAAAGGGGAAGGCCAAACCGGCUCCUGGUUUCUUUGACGACCUCGCUGGCAACCCAGGACCGCUAGUGCAGGCCAAUGCUGUUCCUUUGGAGGCUCCUGAAGCGGAAGCCAUCACUGGACCUGUCGGCAAAGUACGGCCAUCCGGACCGCUUGAGAAGGCUGCAGCUAGCGCUCUACCCAAACCCAGUGGCUUAGAUGUCACCGCGGAUCCGAGUAUCUUGGAUAAAAAUGGUGGACCCGGAGGUCUUCCACCUACCGUAGGUGCGUUAAAUGCAGCCGGUGUAAGACCAGGUGUUGGGCUGGGUAAUGCGACUGAGAAGGUAUCGGAAGAGCACUUCCCUAGCAUUUCAGUGACGGGUCCGACACCCUCUCUGGCUACUCUUGGUCCCGAUGAGGUUGAUUCUGAAGCCGAAAGCAGGGCAGACGAAGAGAAUGGUUCUGGAGAUGCUGACUCGGAGGAAGACGACCCAAGCGACGCUACUUCCGCCGAUGAUGACUUCGAGGAAGACGAGGACUCAAGCGACGCUACUUCCGCCGAUGAUGACGACGUCGAAGACGAGGACUUCGACGACAAUGAUUUCGACGCAGAUGCUGAAGAUGAGGUGCCCAAGGAAACACUCUUCGUCAUACCUUCACCAGUACCAGCUUCUGUCAAUGCAUCCGCUCCAUUCAACGCCACUGCUUUGGCCUCUGCAGUCAAAGCGGAAGUCGAAGAAGCUGUUGAGACACUCGAACCCACUACAUCAGCGCCAUGGCGCGACGGUAUCUUACACCAACCCGCAGGCGUCCUCCCCACUCCCCUAGGCGAGACCAAUGUCGCCGCCUCCAUUCUCCCCUUCUUCCUUGGUCCUGGGCCCGUCGUUCCCCCAGGCGUAACUCUUAAAUGGCCCGGCCCUUUCAACCUUCAUCACUUGCCCAGUGCUACCAUCCCACCAGUCUCACAGAUUCCAAGCGUGAAAGGGUCUGAGCCGGCGCCUUCGACGCUGCAGUCUGUGACUGUUCCAGUGAUAGGGAACAAAGGAGCGCCACUGGCUCCGCUACCGACACCCGCGGUUGUGAUACCUCCGGUGCCGUUGGGUGCGCCGUUGGCGCUGCCGGGUGUGACUGCGAGUUGGCCACCGCCGUUGCCCAUUGUAACCCCAAGUCCGGGGCUUCUAAAAGGGGCGAUGGCAAGGAGGGCUGCUGUUGCGAGAGAUAGAAAGGAUGGUGUUCAGAGGGCGUAG